AUGGGAGCGGCAUCUGUAGUUGCAGCUGCUGCCAAGACGGCGCUAACUAUUGGCGGCCUCAGCAAGCUUACUUUUAUCCCGAUCAUGCUUGCAGCCAUGGCUUACUUCAACUACGAGGUUCUUGACCCUGAACAACGGCCUUUAAACCAGAAGUACCUUCGAGAGAAAUAUGACUUCAUAGUUGUAGGUGGAGGGUCAGCCGGUGCAGUUUUAGCGAACAGAUUAUCAGAGGUUGAAAAUUGGAACGUGUUACUUCUGGAAGCUGGUGGUCAUGAAACUGAUAUCAGCGAUGUUCCUUUAUUGUCUCUGUAUCUGCAUAAAAGUAAAUUAGACUGGAAGUACCGAACACAACCCCAAGAUACUGCUUGCCAAGCUAUGAUAGAUAAACGCUGCUCGUGGACUAAAGGCAAAGUUCUUGGAGGCUCUUCAGUUCUGAACACCAUGCUUUACAUCAGAGGGAAUAAGCGUGACUUUGACCAGUGGGAAUCUUUCGGCAACCCUGGAUGGGGCUUUGAAGAUGUGCUGCCUUAUUUUAAGAAAUCUGAAGACCAACGGAAUCCCUACUUGGCGAAAGAUAGUAAACAUCAUGGCACAGGUGGAUAUCUAACUGUACAAGAUGCUCCAUACAAUACGCCUAUAGGAGCAGCAUUACUACAGGCGGGAGAAGAAAUGGGCUAUGAUAUUGUCGAUGUUAAUGGAGCGCAACAAACCGGCUACGCAUGGUACCAGUUUACGAUGCGCAGAGGAACUAGAUGUUCUGCAGCAAAAGCUUUUUUGCGGCCAGUAAGAUUACGACAGAAUCUUCAUGUUGCUCUUUUUUCGCAUGUUACGAAAGUUCUUAUAGACAAGACAACUAUGAGAACUUUUGGUGUGGAAUUUCUGAGAAAUGGUAAGCGACAAGUUGUCUAUGCUUCGCGAGAAGUAAUUUUAGCUGCCGGCGCAGUCGCUUCGCCGCAGCUCCUUCUGCUAUCAGGAGUAGGGCCAUCGGACCAUUUACAGCAAGUUGGAAUCGACGUCAUCCACGAUUCUCCUGGAGUCGGGAAAAAUUUGCAGGAUCAUAUCGCCGUUGGUGGUAUCGUUUUUAAAAUUGAUUACCCAGUUAGUUUGGUUAUGAAUAGACUGGUAAACAUAAAUUCAGCCCUGCGUUACGCUGUCACUGAAGAUGGACCAUUAACAUCUAGUAUAGGUUUGGAAGUAGUGGCGUUUAUAAAUACUAAGUAUGCGAAUGCUUCUGAAGACUGGCCAGAUAUGGAGUUCAUGAUGACUUCAGCUUCGACUCCUUCGGACGGUGGUACGCAAGUAAAGAAGGCUCAUAGUCUGACAGAUGAAUUCUAUAACAGUGUGUUUGAAGAACUGAAUAAUAAAGACGUCUUUGGUAUAUUUCCUAUGAUGCUUAGGCCUAAGAGUCGUGGUUUUAUUAAGCUGCGAUCGAAGAACCCAUUAGAUUAUCCCAUUAUGGUACACAAUUACUUGACGCAUCCUGAUGACGUUGGAGUUUUAAGAGAAGGUGUAAAAUCUGCUAUCGCUGUAGGAGAAACGACAGCAAUGAAACGAUUUGGAGCUAGGUUUCACAGUAAACCUGUACCCAACUGCAAGCACUUACCCUUGUUCACAGAUGAAUAUUGGGACUGCUAUAUCAGGCAGUAUACAAUGACAAUUUAUCAUCUAUCUUGUACGGCAAAGAUGGGGCCUUCGAGUGAUCCUAUGGCAGUGGUGGAUCCAAGACUUCGAGUAUAUGGAAUAGAAGGCUUGCGUGUAAUAGAUGCAAGUAUAAUGCCUACUAUAACCAACGGCAAUAUUAAUGCUCCAGUCAUGAUGAUUGCCGAAAAGGGAGCUGAUAUGAUAAAAGAGGACUGGUUAUCUAAACCUCAGAAAAAACUUGGUACGCGUAGUAGGAGAUCUUUAAAAUGUGCUCAACUAGCCUAUUAUGGAUUUAAAAAUAAGCAACUUAAAAAGUACUGCAGAACUGAGAGAUGA